CGAAUUGUCUUGGAGUGGCCACAGGAGGCGGUGUGUGUGGUGGAGAGGAGGUGAAGGACCAGCAAAAGGGAAUUAGGUUUUAUGGCCCUCACCUGCUUUCUGUUGGCAUGCGUUGCCUCAUUUUCGUUUGUUUGGUGUGGCGUGGUGUCCGGUUUCCCCGUGGCUUCUUUUUCCUUGUUGGAUGUUUGCUUGUCUUAAGGUGACGGGCAGCCUUAUAGAUGAUCCGUAAUAUAGCACCCCUCGGUGACGGAACGAGUUUUCACGGUGCACAAUGAAGUGGAAAUAAAGAGUUGAAGCACCUGUCGAGACUCCCGUUUAUUGACCCAGGGGCAGCUACAGUGAAAACUCGACCAUCGGAAGAGUAAGGCUUCAGCUAAGAAAAUCAACGUUAUUGCACAAGUAUUUGAUAACGGCGGUCCGGCCCAGUGUACGCCCCUUUCGCGCACCGGCGAGCUCAGCCAAUGGACGGUAUUUGUUACGCUUCUAGUUCAAGCGAACUGGGUAGCGAUACAUAAGAGACUGGUGAUAAAGCCUAUGAUUAAGUGCUUAAUGUUUAGGGUUUGAAUGUGUUUUAUAAUGUAUUCCUUUUCUCCUUUUUGGGGUUGAAGGGUAAAGUUAUAUUGAUUAAAAUAUUUGUAGUUUAUUGUUGUGGUUUAAUGUCGAAUUUUAGUAUUGUUUGGUGAAUUUGGAAAUUGUAAACUAAAGGGUAAAUGAGGUAAAAUGUCCGUUAAAAAUCAAGUUCUAGAUAAUACUGCCGACCAACCAAGCAGGUCCAGCUCCCGUCAAAGAGUUUUGACCGAGAAGGGUCAGGAGCUGCGUAGAGAGAGAGCCGAACAACAUGAAAGGUCUUUUAUGAAGGAAUAUGAUGUGUGGAAACAAACAGCUCGAGAUUCCAGGACGAAAUUGAAGCGAUUUUGUACAGUGAAUGACCUUAAUGUAAUCCAGCAGAAUUUAAAAACUAAUUAUGAUUUAGUAUGUCAGUCCUAUGAGCCCAUCAGGCGUAACUGCACUGCCACACCAGACAUUAUUAAGAAAAUGGAUGCUUGUGUUUCUCUCACCGCCGAAAUCGGCGAACUUGUAGUUAAAAGAAAGGAAACUAUUGAAGAAGUUUUUAAUGAUGAAUUGGAGAAAGAACGAGUGAGGAUGACCCUAAAUAAAGGGGAGUAUGGGUCCAUUUUUGGAGGUACAGAUACAGAGACUGUGAUUUCUGAAAUGUCGGUAGCUUGUCCUCCUUCCUCCCAUUCAGUGGUUUCAAGUAAAUUAGCAGAGGCUGAGGCAGAGUUCGCUGUUAAGGUGGAACAGGCAAAGGCGGUGAGAAAAAUUCAAGCUCAACAAAUGAAAAUGUGCAAAUUGGAGAAUGAAUGGAAAUUAGAAGAAGCGAAGAUGCUGGCUGAAAUUAAACAGAAGGAAGUUGAAAUGCGUUUCAAACAAGAGGAGGAGAAGCUGCGGUUAAAACAAAUAGAAGCAGAAAAUGAUGUGGAGGUGGCAGUGGCGCGUUUGAGGGCUUAUAGGGAUUUAGAAGACGGUUUGAGGAAUCAGGGAGAAAAGGGUGAUCAAGGAGAUAUCCGGUCUAGUCACCAAGGGAAGGAUAUCGGGGAUCCAUCAAAUUCAGGGGUUGUACCGCUUCAAUCUCAACAGACAUUAAUCGGAGUUAAAAAUCAGGAGACAGCUGACUUAGCUCAAGCCAUUGCGGGUUCCUUGAGCAUGUGUCACCUGUCUCCCCCCGACUUGGCAACCUUUUCCGGGGACCCCUUGAAAUUUAUUGACUGGAAGAUCUCCUUUAUGACUCUUAUUGGUAAGAAACCCCUCCCAGUCUGUGAAAAAAUGUUAUAUUUGAAACAUUACCUUGUAGGGGAGGCACGCAAGGCUGUGGAGGGAUUUUUUUAUAGAAAUUCUGAGGAUGCCUAUCACAGUGCUUGGACAUUGUUAGAGGAGAGAUAUGGAAAUCCAUUUAUCGUCCAGAGAGCUCUCCGAGAAAGGCUUAUGAAAUGGCCUAGGAUCAGUGAAAAUGAUCCCUUGGCCCUUAGAGAUUUUGUGGAUUUUUUAAAGGGGUGUGCUGAGGCUAUGCCUUAUGUCAAGGGAUUGGACAUUUUGAACGAUUGUGAGGAAAAUCAUAAAUUGCUUAAGAAGUUACCGGAGUGGAUUGUACGUAAAUGGGGUAGGUUUGUUGUUGAUGAGUUAGAUGCAUCCGGUAAUUAUCCAGGCUUUUUGCAUUUUGUGGAUUUCCUGCAAAAGGAGGUCCGUAUUGUAUGCAAUCCUAUUGUUUCCCCUUUCUUAUUGAACUCUAAGGCAGCGGAAGAUAAGUCAAAGCGAGUCAGUACCUUUAAUACGAGCUCUCAAAGUGAUGCCCCCCCUUUUGAAACAAAUGUAACAAAUGGUUCUAAAUCAAGAAUAUCUUGUUUGGUUUGUGAAAAUGAAACGCACAGUGUAGCAAGAUGUCCCAUCUUCGCAGAGAAAACAAUUGAUGAUAAGAGAACCUUUAUUCGAGAGAACCGACUCUGUUUUGGUUGUUUGUGGGGGGGGGCACGUUAUGAGGAAUUGCAGGAGGCGGCACACGUGUGCUACUUGUGGACGGCGUCAUCCAACCUGUUUGCAUAG